AACGGAGCGACGGCGGCGGCGAAGCGGCCAGAAUGAUCUCAAGCGUCGUCAUCUUGGCCCUUCUCUCGAGGAUCGUCGUGUUUCUGCUCCAGGCCAUCUUCAAUUGGGUGGUUCCGGACCACAAUGCAGAUGCCUUCCGAGCUGCCUGGCCUCGGAGUGACGCGAUCGGCGACCGCGCCGUGGCCUGGUUCUUGGGCGGACUGACCCGCUGGGAUGCCCAGUACUUCCUGCACAUCGCCGAGCACGGCUAUACGUACGAGCAGACGUUGGCCUUCUUCCCCCUCUACCCGUGGCUGCUCCGCCGGGUCGCGAAUGUCUUCGUCGACCCCUUUCUAAGCUCCCUGCUCGCGCGGCACAGCGCGCUCGUCCUCGCCGGCGUCUUCCUCAACGUCGGGCUGUUCGUCGUCGCCGCCGCCUCGCUGCAUCGCCUCACCAGGAGGCUCUUCUCCAAGGAGCUCGCCGACGAGGCGCUCCUUCUCUUCUGCUUCAACCCGGCAUCCAUCUUCUUCUCCGCCUGCUACACGGAGUCCCUCUUCGCCGCCGUCAGUUUCGGGGGUCUUGCCCUCCUCGAGCACGGACACCCCAACCUCGCGACCCUCCUCUUCUUCCUCGGCGGGUUCGUCCGUUCCAACGGGUUUCUUUCGGCCGGGUUCCUCCUCUACUCCGGCCUUGUGCUCAACUGGACUCCGUUCCGCUCGUUCCUCCGUGCAGCCGUCUGCUUCGUCCCAUUCGUCCUGUUCCAGUGCUACGCCUGGUCCCUCUUCUGUGUGCCAGACUACUCCGGCCGGCCACCGGCGCUGGUCGCGAGUCAAGCGUCCGAAGCCGGCUACAAGCUAGCCGGCCGCAACGCGUCCGAGUGGUGUUCGGCGCCGCUGCCCUUCUCGUACGGCUACGUCCAGUCACGCUACUGGGACGUGGGGUUCCUGGCGUACUACCGGCCGAAGCAGCUCCCCAACUUCCUCCUGGCGCUGCCCGCGGCGGCGGUUGUCGCCGGUUGCUGCGCCCGGUUCUCGAGGUCGCCGGGAGACGCGAGGCACGUGCCCUACGUCCUCCACGCGGGCGGUCUCUUGCUGCUCUGCGUCCUCUUCGCCAACGUGCAGGUCACGACGAGGCUCCUGGCUGCAGCGAGCCCGGUCCUCUACUGGUCCACCUUCCUGGCUGCAGAUCCACGUCCGCGCACCAAGGGCCUCCACGUCUGGGCGGACGUGGUCCGCAAUCUGUGGCAGAGGGAUCUCCAGUGCAAGCGUCUGGUGACUUACUUCGCGGCUUAUGCCGUCGUGGGCACCGCGCUGCACGUUAAUUUCCUGCCGUGGACUUAGGCAGCCGCGAGCUUGGUGCGGCAUCUGCGUGCAUUCCACGGGUUUGUGGUCGUUUCCUCGAAGGAACCGCGGUUUUUAAUCUUCAGCUCAAUUGCGCCGUGACUAAAACAUUGGCCCGAAGUGAUUCGGAGCGCGUUUUGGCUUUUCGUUUCGCGCCUUAGUUUCUGUGUGGAACAGGAGACAGAAAUCUAGUAGCAUUUUUUUUCUGAGUUCUGCCUGAAACGAGGAGGUCGCGUCUAUGACGAAAGAGGUGUGGUACCACGUCAACACGAGUAUGGUGGAACCCCAAUCGCCGUAAUAUUCGGAGAGAUGCCCCACUCCCGAAAGAUAAUCCACCCCCUAUUUUGGCAUGAUUUGCUAUUUCUUCGGAAAUACCUAAAGAUAGCCCACUUCUAGCAAGUGCAAAGCCCUGGUGAAUGGUGAGCUCGGCAGAAAUGGUGUUACAUAGCCAAGGCGGGAGAUGAGAGAACGUUGCCAACUCGGAAGGACGGUCGUCUUUGGCUCAUCGCCCCUCCCUUCGAUUGCAAGUUUCGCGUGUCACAAAAUCUAAAAGGAACAUUUUUUUUUAACUUCUCUUGAUUGUACAGCGAAAGUUAGCCCACUUCCUAUUUUCACCCGAUUGGCUAUAGAUUUUAGGUGGGCUAUCUGUCAGGAUAUUACGGUACACAACUUUAACGACGCCUGCAAAAAGGUUGUAAAAUGUGGGAUGCUGUCUGAUUCGGGAAUGUGUAAUCGGGGUUCCAUUGCAUAAUGCUUUAUCACCUAUUAGUAUACUCGUCACCUCAAGAAAAAACAAGUUUUGUGCACAGUUCAUGCACUGCAAAAACUAGUGAUUACAAAGUUUCAUUGUCACAGAAAAAAAACUAUGUUUUUUUUUUUUGCAUUUUAAAUGAGUGUUUUGAUCAAAUGAGAAAUAACUGAUCUCAAAUGCACAUACAAGUACCUUACUUCACCACAUAAAGGGAGAAAAGAGCCCCAUGAAAAGUGUUUUCAUUAUGUUUAUUGAGCUGAAAAUGAAAAUGGUACAUUGUGAGAAGCAAAGAGGAUUAACUUUGAGAAUAGCGAGCAUAAUGGAAGUAAUAAUCAAUCAAUCAUUCGCUUUUUAUUUUUGCAAGAAAAAGAAAAGUGGAGACACGGGAGCGUAACUUUGGUUUCAAGCUACCAAACGUGUCCACAAAAAUUUCUGGAUCAAGAUCCUUUUUUGUUAUUGAGAUCAUUGAGUGCAAACAAAGCAUCUGGCUGAAAGCUGCUUUGCUUCUAUCGCCUUGCUCGAGGUACUUGAAAAAGUUACAUCUCGAUUUCCUUUCGUGGUCUUUCUGAGAGCUUUCACGUCGCUCGUAUAGAAGAUGAGCGACGUGACGUGGACCCAGGCGCCAAACACUUCAUUUUAUUGCAACAGAUGUAACUAGGAAGAGAGAAAAAUAAAUGAAUAUAGUGGAGGAGCUAUAUCUAGAACAAACACUUUGUAAUAUAUUCUAGCGUAUACAUAGUAAUGGUACACCUCUCAGGGCAAUGACUCUCCUUGCAAGUUUUGGAGUGUGGAAGAUGUUUGUUGCUUAACGCUGAAAGAAUGGUUUCAUGCGAGAACUAGUCCUAUAAAAGGUUGUACAGACGAAAGCCAAACUCAACCUGUACCAAGAUGGUUAUGUCCUUGUUAAUACAAACGAGGUUGUCCGGUUUGACUCAAGACUUCGCUCAUUAGACUGGGACGGUACGGAUAAUCCGUCUGCAGGACAGAAAACAGACUGACAGUCAUUUUUGUCAUUUCACAUAGCUUGAGUGUUCAUUAUGAGUGUACUUAUUGUGUUUGUUAGUGUGCUGCAUAUUGUAAACUGAAUACAAAGGCCAUCCAGUAGAGUUCAACACUUGCAGGCUAAUGGCAGUUAAAUCGAACACCCCGAGCUUUGUGAAAUGUAGAUUGAAGGUGACAUACAUCCGCAUCUUUGCAUUAUAAUCCGUUCCGCUUUAAGUGCGAGCGUAGCAGAAGUUACAAGAGUGAGCUCCAGGAUUUCAACGUCUUUGUCAAGCGCACAUGCUUGUGCCGUCCAAGCAUUAUUGAAAGCGACACGCUUGUGCUUGUAGCUGCAAAGUCAUGGAGCGAAAUCAACUAUAGUGGUUCAUUCUCUGCUGGCUACUCCGUGCCCUCGCAGGCUUUCCAUUACUCAAGCCCGAACAGUGUCUAGAUGCUACCUAUUGGUGACAUGCAUAAUCAAAAGCAUCGCUGUGGUCAACCUUCCGUGGUUGACUGAAUGCUUGCUACAAUGUCUUCAGUACGAUUAAUCCUGUAAUCAUAGACUGGAAUAAGGUUAAUUUCAGACUUUCAACUUUGGCAGUGUUAGUUUGAUUAGA